GUUCCCUUUACUGUUAAAAGUUGCCUUGACUGCGUAAUGGCGAAGUCAAAGAACCACACCAGUCAUAAUCAGAAUAGAAAAGACCAUCGUAAUGGUAUCAAGAGGCCAAUGAAGCAUCGUUUCUUAUCGUUGAAGGGCGUCGACAAAAAGUUCUUGAAGAACCUGCGAUUCGCCAAGAAGCACAACAAAAGACACCAACAACAUAAGAAGAACGAAUCAAGUGCUUGAAGAAAGAUCCGGCCUAUGAGCGUGUCACAAAUUGAUAGCAGAAUGCAUCUGAUAUAAAAUUUGUUGUGUGAUUGAAUAAUUACAUACAAUUGUUGUUAUUGUUUGUUUCAGUGUUCAUUUUGCAUGUGUGUGAAAUGUUUUCAUAUAUUUGGUAAUUCAUGCAUAUGC